GCUGCUUCAGGAAUGUAAACUAUUCAACAUGGAGACAGUUGAUAAACUGGAGGCGAUGUUCCAGAAAGCAGAAGCUGAUAUAGAAUAUGUGGAAAAGCGGCUGAAAUUUGACUUCAUGGCCAAUGCGCGAGAAGCGGGCACGUUUGAGGGAAACCCUGUUCAGUUGCUGGAGAACCUGUCGGCGAUCAAAGCACGGCAUGUGGCCCUGUGCACGCAGGUGGAGGAGAUCGCGGCGGAACAGAAACGAUCAAUGGAUUCAAUACGAGCUCACCUGGACACCACUGUGCAGCUGGUUCAACAGCUGCAGAACACAGCAGAUGUGCAGGUUCCGCCACUGACAGAAGAAGAACAAGAAGCGAGAGAUUUUCUCUGCUCAUCCAUUGCCACAUUAAAUGUAGAGGUCGCGUCUACAGAAGAACCUCAAACUCAAGCACAGUCUGAAUCACAGAACGUGUGUGACGAGGUGUCUGAGGGGACAUUUGAGACUGUUCCGCGGAGUGUACGUGGUAACUUGAAGCUGAAUGACCUCAACACGCUCUAUAAGCAGUUAUCCGAGUACUUCUCAGAUAAGGACAGGGGGCCAAUAAGCACUCAGAGGAUGAAGAAGCUGAACAUGAAAGUCAGUGAUUCUGCAUUGAAGACCUUACAGCAUCUUAAAAUCAUCGAGCUGGAUAAAAAAGGACUUGUGUCAUUGCUGGCAAACGACGGGGAGAAAACGGGGACAAAAUAGACACACAAACAUCACCAAAACAUAUAUCAGUGAAGCAGAGGAGACUGAAGCUACUGAAUGCAGCAAGACACUGGCAAUACAUUUCUGUAACA